CUCCUCCCUCCCGGAGUCCUGGGCUCCACCUCCUCCUCAAGUCCCCAGAUAAACACACACUCAGCCGCGGCUGGACAUGCACACCCAGCACCGGCCCCGGGCGCGUGCACACGCAGGUAGCAACAUUCACCUGAGCCCGUGCACAGGGCUCCUGCCGCCUCUGGAGCGGCGGAGUGGCGGCCUGGGCCGGGAAGGGGUCCAUCACGCCGCGGGAGCGGCCCCAGAGCGGACCUGCGAACUGAGGUGAUGGCGCGUUUUCCUUAAAUCCCCUCCUCCAGUACCUCUGCCUCCGCGCCUGCUCGGCUCAGGCCGCAGAACCGACGAGAGAGGGGCCCGUGCGCGGCGCACAGGCGGGCAGACGCUGCGAGCAGAGCGCGACCGCAGGGGCUCGGCGGCGCCGGCGCAGGAAACUUGCGCGAAGUUAGUUGCAAGUGCCGGGCGGCGGCCGAGAGGAGCGAGGAGUGGACGCGGCCGGUGCCCAGCUAGCCGCCCCGCGCUGGGGCAGCGCCGCCCUCCACGCCCGGCGCGCUCCGGGAGCCCGAGUCGGCCGGCGCGCCUGGAGGUGCUCGGAGCGAGAGGAGCCAGCAUGGCCCGGGGGAAGGCGAGACGCGGCGCCUCGGCGAGCCGGGAGGAUUUCCUCUGAGGCCCGGCGACCCCAAGCUUGCUCAAACCUCAUUCACCCUCCGUCCCUGCCCGGCAGCCGGAGAGGAAGACCCGCGAGGCAGGUGCUGGUGGCGCGGACAGCUCCCCUCCAAAAACCCCAGCCGAUUGCGGGGGGGAGGGGAGGUUCCAUCAGUGCGCCCUGCCCCUAACCAGGAAGAUCGGCUGGCGCUGCUGUAUUUGUAUUUAUAUCCAUUGCUGUGCUCUGCGUUCCGCUAGUGCUCCCGGACCCUCCUGCGCCUCCCCCUCCUCUUCCUCCUCGGGGGCCACCUCCGCUCCUCCCCUCACCCCCAUCUGCUACUGUCAAAUGAGAAAGUCACCGAGGAGAACCCAAACAUUCCAGCCGCCGAGAGCCCCCUUUGGCACUUGGCAGCACGCGGCGGCGGACUCCUCGACUCAACUUGGUGGAGCCUCCGCGACGCAACUUUCCGGGCUGCUGUGCAUUUAAGAGAGAAAAGACCCGGGAGGGGGAGAGCUCUGCCCGGCAGCGGCUACCUGCCGGGAGUUCGCGAGCAAACGCAACUGGAGCGCAAGGACAAAAAGAAAGCAAAGGGCAAACUGUCACCGUGGGGUGGGGGCACCGCCGAGAAGUUACAGGUCCGGGGAGAGGAUCUUCCCGAGCGCUUGGCCAGAGACCAGGGCGGCAGGGAGCGCGGCGCGGCCCUGGCCUGGUCCCCCAGCCCCCUCCUCCCGGGCGGGAGCGACGCCGGGGUGCAAAGUGGGGCGCGGCGAGCGCAGGCGGGCCGAACGGGUCCCCGCGGACAGCCAACAUUGAUUUCCUCCGGGCCGAGGGCGACGGCCCGGGCGGCGGCGGCGGGCUGCAGCCGCGGCACGGCGAGAGCAUGUCCAAGCCGGUCGACCACGUCAAGCGGCCCAUGAAUGCCUUCAUGGUGUGGUCGCGGGCUCAGCGGCGCAAGAUGGCCCAGGAGAACCCCAAGAUGCACAACUCGGAGAUCAGCAAGCGCCUGGGCGCCGAGUGGAAGCUGCUCACCGAGUCGGAGAAGCGGCCGUUCAUCGACGAGGCGAAGCGCCUGCGCGCCAUGCACAUGAAGGAGCACCCCGACUACAAGUACCGGCCGCGGCGCAAGCCCAAGACGCUGCUCAAGAAGGACAAGUUCGCCUUCCCGGUGCCCUACGGCCUGGGCGGCGUGGCUGACGCCGAGCACCCGGCGCUCAAGGCGGGCGCCGGGCUGCACGCGGGCGCGGGCGGCGGCCUAGUGCCCGAGUCUCUGCUCGCCAACCCCGAGAAGGCGGCCGCCGCCGCUGCCGCCGCCGCCGCGCGCGUCUUCUUCCCGCAGUCGGCCGCCGCCGCCGCAGCCGCCGCCGCCGCCGCCGCCGCCGGCAGCCCCUACUCGCUGCUAGACCUGGGCUCUAAGAUGGCAGAGAUCUCGUCGUCGUCGUCCGGCCUCCCGUACGCGUCGUCGCUGGGCUACCCGACCGCCGGCGCGGGCGCCUUCCACGGCGCGGCAGCAGCGGCUGCAGCGGCGGCCGCGGCCGCCGGGGGGCACACGCACUCGCACCCCAGUCCGGGCAACCCGGGCUACAUGAUCCCGUGCAACUGCAGCGCGUGGCCCAGCCCCGGGCUGCAGCCGCCGCUCGCCUACAUCCUGCUGCCGGGCAUGGGCAAGCCUCAGCUGGACCCCUACCCUGCAGCCUACGCCGCUGCGCUAUGACCCCGCGGGGCUGUCUUGCGAGGACCAGUGUGCACACGUGUACAUAUGUAUAGGUACGAGCUCUACGGCCUCUCCGUGCGCCCUCCCGCGACAGGGGCCCCGGUUUAUAUGUACAUAAGAUGUAUAGGUGCCAGGCAGAGGCAGAGAUGCCAGUCGGGGCGCGAGUGGCCGAGCGCGCGAGUGCGCGGGCGAGUGUGCGUGUGGAUUCACAGGAUCAUUUCAGACCCACACUUCGGCAGCCAACUUGAAAGAGGGCGAUUGCAUCCGGCAGCAGUUGGUGUUUGCUUUGCACUUCGGAACCUGUUGCAUUUUGGCCCAUAGAGAUGGAGGAGUAACUUUUGACAUGUUGGGCUUUCCAGUUUCGUUUGUUGGAAGUUUAUUGUCGGUUUUGUUUUUGUUUCUCAUUAUCUUCCUUUUUUACCCCCUCCUGGUCUGUGUUGCAUGCAUCUGUUCAAAUGUUAGGUCUGAAAUGGCUGGCACAAGGGAAAAGCUGAUCAGUGUCAUUAGUUUCUCGGAGCGGGAUGGCUUUGAGCAGCCUUGCUCCCUAUUUGUACUAUUUGAACUUUGCAAAUCUCUGUCCUCUCAAGCAGAACCCCCAGACCGGAUCCAUUCUUGACCAGUGACCGGCUCGAAUCUGGCCCUUUGUAUGUGAGAUGAUCACGGUUUCUUUUGUUUAUCACGCCAUUUGCAAAUCAGAGCAAGAGCUCUUUCUCAAGAGCAAGGAACGCAAACAAGAAAUGUGUGAGAUGAAAAGUUAUCAAUUGGAUUUUCUUCCUUAAAAAACAAAACAAAGCUACUAGAAGUCUCCCUGAGUCCGCUCGCCUGGAUUUCUGACACGGUUUACAGAAAGGGAAAGGCACGGUUCCUAUUUUCCUCUUAUGGCUGAGUUCACCUUAAGAUGUAAAUGUGUAUAUGUCAGUGAAAACUUUGAGUCUUUGAAAAUGUAUUUGCGUUGCCCUAAAUUUGAGUCGGUUUUAGACUCUAAAGCGUUUUGAGCAAAUGUCAAAGUUAACUUUUAAAAAUUGCGGGACUAUUUCAGAAUCGCAAUUUUUAUCUAAGAUUAAAUCAGACUUUUUUGUCUGAGUGGUAAUUAUAUAUUUAUUAUUUAGCAAAAUUGAAAAAAAAAACCCAGAAUUAUUUUGACAGAUGUCUCUCAAUUUCAGCUAGCAGUUCUCCACCAACUUGAACCGUUUAAAUGUGUUUUGGAGUUCCCUCCCCAAUUAGCUUAUUUUUUAGAUCACCUGCAAUUCAUUUGCAAGUUAUGAUAAAACACACUUUAGAGAAAAGAAACCAUCAAUUAUAGGUUUUUUUUUGUUUCUUUUUAAAUGUAUAUAUUUUGACUAAUGUUUGUGAAUGAAGUUGGCUAACAUGUAUUUAGUUUCAUUUUGGCUUUAUGUAAUAUAAAGUUUUUGAAAGUUUAAGUAUUGGUUUUAACCUUUAUGUGUAAAUGAUUUUCUUGUGUGAUCUAAUUUAAUAUUAGACGUCUAAACUAUAUCUGUAAAUUAGAAUCCGACUAUCACUCUGUUCAUUUUUUUUGAACAAAGAGUUUAAAUAAAGCCUGAACCAGGGAAAAGAGAAAAUCCUCUAUUUCUUGAGUUCCUAACAAGAUUUUUAUCUGAAUUGCCUUUAACGUGCCUGGUCCAGGUGAAGUGUAAGGUAUCCUCCAAAGGCAGCCUUUGUUUCACUUUUGAAUAGAUUUACUAGGAAAUCUAAAUCAACCCAUUGUUAUUCAGAGCCAAAAACCUGAUUUAUCACAUUUUUAAUCGUGAAUAGGAAAGAAGAUAAAAAAAAACCCAAGUAGUUGUAUUAUCUUGGGGAAAAAAAGGCAUUCAUGAACCAGUAGAACAGAGUCCAUUGAAAACAUCCAGACCGUUCAAAGCAUUUCACUAGUUUCCAGUAACAUUCUAAGAGGAGAAAGUUGCCCGACCACUUUAUCUUGUUAGUAGGAGAGCCCCACCACUUAAAUCAGUGUAAUUUGUUCACGGAUCUUUGGCAUAUUCCUUAUUUACACCUGAAGAUUUUAUUUGGCAGGAUAAUCACUGCUAACGACAAUGUAAAACUUUUGGCCUCUUUCGGGCUUUAUUCUGUCAUGCUAAUGGCAUUAAACAGAAGAAUAACAAAUUCUAAUGGGGAGGGUUGAAUUUCCAGGGCUAGACAAGUUUCCACUGGAGAAAGUUUUGAAAUCAUAAAGGAUUUUAAUUUUAGAAAAGAAAUUAUAGGGCACUGUAAAGAAUAUCAGAGAGAAAAAAAUUAACUGUAAGGAGACCUUUAUUUUCCCCCCAACUGAGAUACAAAUUCUCAAGAUACAAGACUCAACUAGUCUUAAACUAGUUUCCCCAUUGACAGAGACCAUCUCUGGAGCUGUAUGUCUUUGUAAGCGUCCCAACUCUUUAAAGUCAUUGUUUUCCCCCAAUGGAAUAAUAUUUUAAAAACCAUGAAAAGUUUUGGAAAUGUGAGAAAUAGGCUCUGCUGGUUUUGACCCUGAUUCACUAAUUAAAACGAUCCCUCUCCUGUUAUUCCCCGAGCUCUUUGCAAUAUUAUAAGUUAAUUCAUAUGGUUCUGAGCGAUUAUGCAAAACUAAUUUGGACUGUCCAGGGGUAAUUAUCCCUGACACGGUUAAUUAAAUCCUUUCAGGGCUUCGUCUUUCCCUUUUGUAGCAGCCCAUCACUUCUCAACACGGAACUUCCUGCAGCUCGCUGGAAAUCACCCCAGCCCUAAAUCUUAGUUACCUCCCUGAGGCUUCCAGCUCGGCCCCACCGGCCUGAAGACUCCCCGCCCCCUCCCCUUUUCCCAAAGAUCAGCGUUUUCUGGGAGCAAUGCUCCGGAGUGUUGAUGAAUGAGAAGAAGACUAGAAAGAUGGGGAAGAGGAGGGGGGAGGCUGCCAGGGGUGAGCACACAGGGUCACAUCGCCAACAGAUUG